CACAUAGAAACUGUGUUAUGGUGGAUUUUCACUAGAGGUCGGUGUAACGUGUAACUACACCUGAAACUCGCCUGGGCUGUCUUUUUGUUUACUUCAUUUAAAAAUGUUGGCUAAAUUAACAUGAAAUAAACAAAAACCUGUUAAAUACCCAGUCAUUAAAGUACCAAAUAAAUCUUUCAUUCUCAGAGCUGACGGUAGUAGCGAUGGCUGCGUCGUGUCACGUGACCACCGCACGUUCGGAUUUAGAUGCGGAAGUAAAGUCAAACCUGAGAAUGUUCAGCAGGGCUGAGCAGUUUCUGAGUGUUUUAGGAUGAAAGGUCACCAAAUAUGAAACUUGUGUAGAUAAUAACACGUCAGACAGUAAAGUCAAGCAGAUAUAGUGGAAAGUGGAUUUAAACCGACGUGACGACAGAUAAAUGGCGAGCAGUAAUUUACAGAAAGCCAUAGAUCUGGCCAGCAAAGCAUCAGAGGAAGACAAAGCUAAAAACUACGAAGAGGCUCUCAAAUGUUACCAGCAUGCUAUCCAGUACUUCCUACAUGUUAUCAAAUAUGAGGCUCAGGGGGAACGAGCAAAGCAGAGCAUCAGGGCCAAAUGUGCCGACUACCUGAACAGAGCCGAGCAGCUUAAGGAAUACCUGAGGAAUAAGAAGAGUCCUCCAGCCAGACCAGUUGGAGAGUCUGCUGAUAAAGGGGGUGAAAGUGAUGAAGAGGAAGACCAAGAAAAGAAGAAGUUCAAAAAUCAGCUCUCAGGUGCCAUCGUUAUGGAGAAGCCCAACGUGAAGUGGAACGACGUCGCUGGACUUGAGGGAGCCAAGGAAGCGUUAAAAGAAGCUGUUAUCCUGCCCAUCAAAUUCCCCCAGCUGUUUACUGGAAAGCGCACUCCCUGGAGGGGGAUUCUCCUCUUUGGCCCUCCUGGAACAGGAAAGUCCUACCUGGCCAAAGCGGUGGCGACAGAAGCAAACAACUCCACCUUCUUCUCCGUCUCCUCCUCUGAUCUGGUGUCCAAGUGGCUGGGGGAGAGUGAAAAACUGGUAAAGAAUCUGUUUGCUUUAGCCCGAGAACACAAACCAUCCAUCAUCUUCAUCGAUGAGAUCGACUCCCUCUGUGGCUCCAGGAGUGAAAACGAGAGUGAAGCAGCUCGCAGAAUAAAGACAGAGUUCCUGGUCCAGAUGCAGGGUGUUGGAAAUGACAAUGAGGGAAUCCUUGUUCUGGGUGCCACCAAUAUUCCCUGGACACUAGACUCUGCCAUCAGGAGAAGGUUUGAAAAGCGAAUUUACAUUCCUCUGCCGGAGGACCACGCCCGCUCCUCCAUGUUCAAGCUGCACCUGGGCUCCACCCCCAACAGCCUGACGGAGGGGGACUUCAUCAGUCUGGGCAAGAAGACAGACGGGUAUUCUGGAGCAGACAUCAGCAUAAUCGUCAGAGACGCCCUCAUGCAGCCGGUCAGGAGGGUUCAGUCAGCAACUCACUUCAAGAAGGCUCAGGGAUUACCACCAUUCAGCGACUCGGGGGUCAUGGUUAACGAUCUGCUGACGCCUUGCUCGCCUGGAGAUCCCAAUGCCAUAGAGAUGACGUGGAUGGACGUUCCUGGGGAUAAGCUCCUAGAGCCCGUUGUCUCCAUGGCGGACAUGCUGCGGUCUCUGAGCAACACCAAGCCCACGGUCAAUGAGCACGACUUGGAAAAGCUCAAGAAGUUUACGGAGGAUUUUGGCCAAGAAGGCUAAAAAUCGCAACAAUCCACCCAGAAACUGGACUGCAGUCAUUUCCACCGUUUAUCUUUUUGCUUCACUGAAGUUUGUUUACAUGUAUAUUAAUAAUCUCUCUGGCACUGUCACCAAAUACGAGGCGGAUAGUUCUGCCCCGGAGAAACCUGGUUUCAUGGUUUUAUUCCAAUUUAUGAAUUCUUGCUCUUUUUUUAAACAUAAUAAACUGUUUUCUUAAUUUAUUUCACUGCACAAGAUUAUUUCCAAGCUUUAGUGUUUUUGAUGUUACUGAAAAUAGUUUAAACCAUUUCUAAAUUCAGUUUUGUAUAAUGCCUGUACACAUUUAUUAUGUAGCGUGAGUUGAUCCAGCUUUAAAACCAGAUGUACAAUUACACAAUAUGAGCAGUCGGUGCCUUUUGGGUUUAAAUAUCCGGACACUUGUAGAUGUUACAGCAGCAGAGUUUGAGGUCAUUUCUUGUAUCUUAUGUUCUGUGAACAAAUCUCAGGGCUAAAUAAAGCAAAAUGAUGCAAAAAGAAA